UCUUGCGCAUGUCCAAGUCCGCCUCUACGCGCGCCGCCCUCGGCUAUCCUAUUCCUUGGCGCGCGAGGCAUCGCGCGCCUUGCCUGCCUGGCACGUGCAUGCCCCUGCCUUGCCUAGUCCAGCGUGGACUAGGCUUUGUCCGUCUGCCUCGCAUGCGCACACCAUUCCUAUUCCUUGUAGGACCAUGCUUCGAACCCAUAUCCACUAUUCCUAUUUCUACUAGGAAUAGGCUCUCGGUUACGUUUCCUGAUCUUCCGAGGAUUACUCCCGUCACCGAUCUCCCACGCGCAUUCUGGCACUUAACUGCUAUUCCUAUUCCUGCGAGGAUUAGUAUUCGCGCCUUGCCUAUUCAUACGAGGAUUAGGCAUGCCGCCUCGUUCCUGCAUUGUGCCUCGCGCGUGUCGCCGUGCGCCCCGUACUCGUCGUCCAGCACUCCUAUGCCUACGCGGUAUAGGCCAUCGCCCGCGUCGCACUCGUGCGCCCAUGCGCACGCCCCGUCCCAGCUGGCUUCUUUGCGCAUGUGUUGCCGCGUCAAUCCUAGGCUUACUGGGCCUAGGCCUUCACCCGCGUACACGCUACCCGUAAGCCCAGCGCGAUCCGCACGUCCGUCGCCUACUGCUCCGCGCGUACCACCAACGCCCGCGGCCUACUCGCCUACCGCGCACCCCCGUGUGCCCAGUGCUGCCCCUCGUUCAUCCCACGCCCAAGGCGCGCCAUCGCUUGUAGCCCCGUUGCGCCAUGCGCGUCUACGCCAAUGUGCGUAUUCUCGCCCUUUUCUAAUACGCCCUUUCUUGCGCCCGAAU